AUGGAGAAUAUCCAAUCGACCGUGACAGCAGCACGCUCGCAUGCAACUUCGACCGCUCAUAUCAAGCCUCGACGGGCAGGCGUGCCUUGUGUACGAUGCCGCCAGAUGAAAGUGAAAUGUAAUGCUAGUCAAAUAUUCCCUGCGUCCUGCUCGGCUUGCACUAAAGCAGGUGAGCGGUGCGCUAUCGAUCCUUCGUUUAAGAGGACAUCCAAAAGGAGUCUGAAGCUCCGCCGGAGCUAUGGGCAAGAAAAUGAAAAUGGCAGAAUUGAUCCUGUCUACAGGACGCCUCAGUCUGAGGCAUCGGGUACUGAGCCGACGGACCAAUCCUCGAGACCGAGUGGACCUUUAUGUACCUCGGAUUCAUCUGCAGAUAUAGCAGCUAUAACCGCUGAUUUACGCCUUGGUGGAAGGAGGUCUGCUCGAUUCACCCAUGAGGCAACCGGUGUUAACUUCACAUCUAACGCUGUAGCAGAAUUACUAGAAGAGUACGCAGUCCUGUAG